UUCAUUCUUCUCUGAGUGGCCUGGGAACACAGAUUCCUUGUGGGGUGGUGAUGGCAUUCUGGGCUCCUGUGUUUAUAGUCCUGGUGACCACUGUCUUGGUAGUGCUGUACAGGCUGGGGGCCUUGCGCCAGAGGAGACCCAGAGAGCCCCCUCUGGACAAAGGCCUUAUUCCCUGGCUGGGCCAUGCCAGGGACUUCUGUAAGGAUGUCUCCAAGUUCCUGAAGAGGAUGCAAGAACGUCAUGGGGACAUCUUCACUGUCCAGCUUGGUGGCCGGUACAUCACAUUUGUCACAGACCCCUUCUCUUUUGACGCCAUCCUGAAAGAGAGCAGAAGCAAGCUGGACUCUUUUGACUUUGCAAAUAACCUGGUAUUCAAAGCCUUUGAGUACCGAAAACCGCAAGGUCAGAAAAAUAUGAUCAGGAAUAACACUUCAAAGCACUUGAUGAGUGAUGGUUUAGUUGGGAUGACCCAGGCCAUGAUGGAUGACCUGCAGACCCUGAUGCUAGAACCUGAUGUUGGUCUGAGACCAGGACCCCAGGAGUGGAAGCAGGAUGGGCUAUUUCAAUACUGCUGCAACGUUGUCUUUAGAGCUGGUUACCUGGCAAUGUUUGGAAACUUACCUACUAAUGGCAAAGUGAACCCUGCUCAGGACCUGCUCCAAUCCCAGAAAGUCUUUGAAGAAUUCAGGAAAUUUGACACUCUUUUUCCAAAGGUGAUUACUUCUGUGCUCCUGCCCAAGGAGAAGCAAGAAAUGAGGAGGCUAAAACAUUACUUCUGGGAUAUUCUCUCUGCAAAGCAAAUCCUGGAGAAGGAUAAUGUGAGUGAAUGGAUCCGUUCCAGUCAGCAGCUGCUGGCUGAUUUUGGAAUGCCUGAGACAGAACAGAGCAAGUUUAACCUGGUAGCACUCUGGUCAUCCCAGGCCAACUCAAUUGUAGUGCCCUUCUGGACCCUUCUUUUCCUCCUGAAGGAUCCCAAGGCUCUGAAGGCUGUGAGGGAGGAGGCUGAAAGAGUCCUCAGGCAAAUGGGGCAAGAGAUAAGACCAGGUGGGGUGCCCAUCACUGUUGAGUAUAGCAUGCUGCAGCAGAUCCCAGUGCUGGACAGUGUCAUUGAGGAGACAUUACGCAUGGUGGCUGCCGCUUCCCUGACCAGGUUUGUCGUGGAGGACACGGUCCUGAAAAUGGAUGAUGGCAGGGAGUAUGCCAUCCGCCAAGGAGAUGCAGUUUCCAUCUUCCCCUACUCUUUCCUCCAUAUGGAUCCAGAAAUCUACCCAGACCCCACUACAUUCAAAUAUGACCGUUUCCUGAACCCUGAUGGCAGCAAAAAGGUAACUUUCUACAAGCAAGGGAGAAGGAUCAAGCCACACAUGUUGCCAUGGGGUGCCGGCCCCUUCAUCUGUCCUGGGAGGUUCUUUGCCCUCAAUGAGAUAAAGAUGUUUGUGUUCUUGAUGGUCACACAAUAUGACAUAGAGUUAGUUGAUCAGGAGGUGAAGAUCCCUUCAGUAAAUGUGAAGCGCCUGGGACUUGGUACCGUACAGCCAAUACAUGAUGUCCAGUUCCGAUAUCGGAUACGCAUCUAAUUUGAUUCUGAAAUCUUUUGCACAAGCCCAAGGAUGCAGUGGGGGAAGGGCACUCUUUCCCAUUUCUAACUAAACACCAAUUCCCCAGAAUCUCAUCCCCUAUAACACGGAUCUUGGCCUCACCACCCUACUAAAUUGCUCUCUGAUGCCCUUCCCAAUCAACACAUCCUAUUGUCUCUUCUCAGACAUGUUUCACUUCUCUGUAUCUUUGGACACUCUUGGCUAUCCCUUCCUCCUGAAGACUCUCUUCUACCUGGCUUCCUCUCUGACUCUUCUUUAAUCUCCUUGACUGACUCCUCUUCUGCUUACGGGUAGAGGUUGCAGAGAGAUUGGUUUCACUUGAAUAACAGGGGGAGAAACCUCCAAACAUUUAGGGCUGUCCCAUGGUAUUGUUCACAGUGGGGGUAGGUGGGUGAGCCAGUGCCACUGAACAUUAGCAUUCAAAGAUUAGACAACUCUUUUUCAGGGAUAUUGUCCAGGGUAUUCUUGCUCAAGUACAAGUCAGACUUGAUGGCCUCUGAGUUCCCUUUCAGGCUAAGAUUCUAGGAGUGAACAGACAUGGUGGGACAUCUUGGAUUCUGUGACCCUGCUCUCUUCCUCUAUCUGACUGCUCUUUCUCUGUCUCUUCUGCAUGCCUCUUCUCUUUUUCCUGCCCCUGAGCUCCCAAGGUUCUAUCCCUGGCCUUCUAUUCUUUCUCUUCACUCUCUCCCUUGGUAAUCUCUUUCCCUCCUAGAGUACAGUUAGAACCUCUAUUCAGAUCAUUCCAUCACUACAUUCCAGAUCAAGCUCUUGGUGAACUUCCAGUACAGAAUGUGUGAUUACCUUUGGCUAGCUGCAUCUUGAUGUCCCAACUAUAUACAUCCUAGACCAAAACCAUUUUUAUUUUCCCAAGGCUGGGACCUUUCCUAACUUGCACCUCUACAUUUUAUUUGCACCACCAUCCUCCCAGGCACUCAGACUCUGAGUGUGGAGCAAUUUUUAACUACAGCCUCCUUCUC